CUUUGUUCUACUUCUACAAGCCAUUUCAAGCUUUCUUCAGCAGUCGCCCUUCAUAUUACUUCAAUUUUACUUCCACAACCACACCAGACCCGUCCUAUCCUCCGACGCGCCUUCUAUCACCUGCCCCGCCAAUUGCUUCCCCGCUCCGAUUGCGGGAAUAUCUGCUGGGUGAACAGGAGGCCUUGAAACACCCCCGGCUGUCAAAAAGCGAUACAAGGUUGAUUGUCGAUAUCGUGCACGCAUACCUUAGCUGGUUUCUCGCCACACCGCCAACAUGAGUAGCCCUAAGCGCAGAAUCGAGACUGAUGUCAUGAAGUAUAUUCUCUUAGUCUGAGGACCUCGUCUUCCUUUUGAUCGCUAACCUUUGGCUAGGAUGUAUGCUCGAGAACCCCCCUCCCCCUUCCAGUCUGGCCACCGCUUUUUUCCACCCCUCAAUCUACUCCAGCAGAUAAAUUUAUGUGGCUGGAAUAUACCCUGACAUGAUAUCUAGGCUUAUGAGUGACUAUGAAGUGACGCUGGUCAACGAUAAUAAAUUCUACGUCCGUUUCAAGGGGCCCGAAGAGACACCAUUUACCGGAGGUCACUGGAAGAUCCACGUCGAGCUGCCCGAUCAGUACCCAUACAAGAGUCCUAGUAUUGGAUUCGUCAACCGAAUCUUCCACCCGAACAUCGAUGAGCUGUCAGGAUCGGUCUGCCUUGAUGUUAUCAAUCAGACAUGGUCGCCGAUGUACGACAUGCUCAACAUUUUCGAAGUUUUCCUCCCUCAGCUUCUCCGCUACCCCAACCCAUCUGACCCGCUCAACGGCGAGGCCGCGGCACUCAUGAUGCGGGAGCCCAAGGCGUACGAGGCAAAAGUAAAGGAAUAUGUUGCCAAGUACGCCAGCAAGGAAGCCGUGGAUGAAGCAGGCGAGGACACCGAAUCCGAGGAUGAGCUGAGCUCAGCCGGCAGCUAUGAGUCCGGCGGUGAAGAGCCAGCUGGUACGAUGGAUGAUGUCUAAUCAAAGGGCUUUGACGUGACUGAUUCCGCCAAAUCCGAGAUUGGGCCAGUAUGAACAUAUUGCAUCGCCCAUCUCCUUUCUAUACCUCCAUCCCUAUCUGGAACUGGAUCAGCGGGCGUUUCUUUCGUGGAGUUUAGUGUUCAUUUUCAAUGUCUUUUUUCUUUCUCCAUUUCUUCGUCUAUCCUAUUAUUUCGAUGUACUUGAGCAUUUGCGAUGGUUGUGGUUGGAGUCAUGGUUGAGUAUGCUCACGCGCAAUUUCUCGUGGACAUAGGGAGUGUGGAUCUUUUAAUUGUUCGUCAUGACAUCUUGUCAUCUCCAAUCAGUAGUGUGAAACUGAAUUUACAGAGAACUCUCCUCUUUACUAUGAAAUGG